CCAAUGUAACUUAGGUUCUGUACACAAUCCUAUUACACUCUGACCGCACUUCACCGCUCUAGUCGUCUGGAUUAUCCCUGGACAAGCUUUACUGACGCUUUGAUCACGUACAGCACCCACGCUGCGAGCGACGUUUGGAAAUCUCGCGAUAGGAGGACGUGGGUAGAGCCGUGAGAGGAGAAGCAGGAUAGCUAUCGGUAGCCGGAUCUGUCGUGUAAAUGACAAGCUGUGCGGCGCCUCAGUGCUACACCGUGUGAGUCCUCACCGAGAGCCGGCCAGAGAGCGGGGUGACGGCGGAGCCCACCUGGAGGGCUUUCUGUGACUUACUAAUUCCGGAUCAAGCUACAAACCUACAACCGCCGCCAUGUCGGAUAAACAGAAUAACUUCCCACCACUGCCUCGAUUCAUACCACUCAAGCCCUGCUUCUAUCAAGAUUUUGAGACUGAUAUUCCUGACCAGCAUCGUACCACAGCCAAGCGUCUGUAUUAUCUAUGGAUGUUGAACAGUAUCACACUGGCGGUGAAUCUGAUUGGCUGCUUAGCGUGGAUGAUUGGAGGAGGUGGAGCCGUCAAUUUCGGCCUGGCGUUUCUAUGGCUCAUCCUUUUCACUCCCUGCUCCUAUGUGUGCUGGUUCAGACCUAUUUACAAAGCUUUCAAGACGGACAGCUCCUUUAACUUCAUGGCGUUCUUCUUCACUUUCAUGGCUCAGUUAGUCAUCAGCAUAAUACAGGCUGUUGGUAUUCCUGGCUGGGGAGUCUGCGGGUGGAUUGCAGCCAUCUCCUUCUUUGGAACAAAUGUAGGAUCAGCAGUAGUGAUGCUAAUACCAACUAUAAUGUUCACAGCUGUGGCUGUCUUUUCUUUUGUGGCUUUGACCAAGGUACACAAAUUUUACCGUGGUACUGGAGGAAGCUUUAGUAAGGCUCAAGAAGAGUGGACCUCAGGUGCUUGGAAAAAUCCUCAUGUCCAGCAAGCUGCUCAAAAUGCAGCCUUUGGGGCAGCACAGGGUGGCAUGACACAACAGGAACCUCAGUAUUCUGCCACACCAAAUUAUGGUUAUUCCAAUCAAAUGUGAGGGUUUUCUCAGGACUGCAAGAAUACAUUCCUUAGGGUCUCAAGGACCUUUCAUUCCUGCUGUCCUCUAGUAGAUCAGUUGUAUCAUUUUACCUACUUCCCUUUGAUAUGGUGCAUAAUUGAUUGUGGUGUGUAUGUUGUGUUCCAGAGAGGAUCCAACCCCUUGAUAAAAAGGGACAAUACGUUUGAGUUCCCUACAAAGAGCCCAACGGUCGUGUUUGGAGCUUUAUAUCGGAUGCUAUGUAAAAACUGGGUAAAGAAAUAGGCAUUUGUAUAAUAACUUAUGCUCCUGUGUAUAUAGACAAGGAUUAUUCAGAAACAGUUAGCCAUGUAAGUUUUUGACAUCAGCAUGUAGCAUCAAGUAGUCAAGUGUAAAAUACCAUUUAAUGACCAUUUAAUUCUCUUGGCUGCGAAUGUUGGUAACUCCAACCUGCUCCUGUUGCUGCAUAUUUUAAUACCUUGCACACUUUACCAAAUGUAGGACUACAGUAGCAUUCCUUGUUAGCGUUUUUUUUUUUUUUUUUUUUUAAUAAAGGCUGCAAUUGUAUAGUUGUUUUUUUUUUUUUUUUUUUAUAUAUACCUAAUUUACUCCCUCACUACAUAAAGCAUAUGGCAUAAUAUUGUGUAAAAUUGUCUGCUUAUCCUAUUGCAGUGUUAGUUGGCCAAACCCUGUCCUUUUACCCGCGGGAGAAUUUGGUGUUUUGUUGAAUAUUGGCUAGUGCUGUGAAAUAGUUUUUAUGGAAAAUAUAGUGCUGUACAAUUCUACAGCCUAAGUUAAUAAUACUAAUGCAUUGUUUUCUAAAGAUGUUUUAAACCCAGUAAUACACUAAGUCUUAGGAUAUGUAAAAACAUAAACGGAGAAACAUCACACUAUAUGUUGUUCUCUUCUUACUCUGUGGUAAAAACUUGGAAGAUGUAAAUCAUGCAGCACAUGUACAGAGGAAGGAGAAAAGCUGUGCACACUAUCUUAUUCUUACUAACUGAUGAAACUUUGUAAGUAUUGUGUACUGAGAGCAAAAAUGGGAUUCCCGUUACCUUCAAGCCGACCUGUCAGCAUUUUGAGAUGCCAAAAGUGCUGACAGGCCUAUGUAGAGGUCAAGAAAGGGUGUUCAAACAUACAUAAUGUCUGUCAUUUAGUGUUAAAGGGGUAUUCCAGGCAAAAACAUCUUAUCUCCUAUCAAAAGGAUAGGGGAUAAGAUGUCUGAUCCCGGGGGGCCCGCUGCUGGGACCCCCACCCCCACAAUCUUCCUGCAGCACACGCAAUCUAUGUGGGGCUGCGUCUCUAGUUUCUGAAACUGGGGUGCCCGGAAUACCCUUUUAAAGCUCCUGGCAGCAGCUGCUGCAAGUGCCCAAGGGUUGGGCUCCUAUGUGCACAGAGCUAUUAAAUUAUUAUUUUUUUAAAUGACAGUAACACUUUCAGUCCACACCCUGGACAUUUGUAGAGGCAGCAGCCGAAAGCUUUAAAAUGGUUAUGUCUUGAUCUUCAGGGUCAGCGCAGCCACAAGGCACACUAGGCAGCUGCCGCUGGCUUCCCCAGAUGAUGUGGCUGCAAUCUACACAUCACUGUAUUCAACAUUUACCAUCUAGGAAGCUGAUGUGGGGACAAUCUGGAGCUUCAGCGAGUCCAGGAGGGUAACAGAGGCUGCUCCCGAUCCUGUAGUAAAUAGAAAAAAUACAUGUAUAUAAGUAAUGCAUAAUGCUUUCGCUGCAAUUGUUAGAGUUUGCACAAUGGAUGCUACUAAUUGUGAAAAAUUGACCUAUUUCAGUGAAUGUAAGGUCCCUUUACUUAUCCUAUACUGAUCCUGAGUUACUUCCUGUAGUAUUCUACAGAGCUGUAAUCACUAUGUAGCAGGAGGAGACACUGUGGAUAAACCUUUAGGGCUGCUGGAUGGGGAAAAGGAGGUAGUCUGUGUGUGCCAAGUAUUGCACUGGCCCUGUUGGUCAUGCAGUUUCCAUGACCAAGACAUCAGGUAUGAUUGAACUCCCCGACCUUGGUAAAGGCCAGUGAGCUGACAGGUCAGCUUUAAUGCAUUUAGAACGGGGUGCGUGCUUGGUUUCUACCUUUUCAUUUUUUACUAAAAUAACUCUGUGUGUAUCUAAUUUACCCUAUAAGACACAAAGUACCUCUUCUGGAACAAUGACAAAAUAUAAUAAUAUUGUAAAUGUCUCAUACAAUGAUAUUUGUGGGGCCAAUGAAAUUCUGAUACAUGUAUGCACCCGUGGUAUGUGAUAAAUUGUAGUUCAUAUCAUUUUCAGUUGAUAAAUGGGCAGCUAGUGUCUAAGGACAGAACUCUGGAAUAAUAACACAAUUCACAACCUGAAUGAAUUGACUCCCCCUUAAUAAUUUGGCGCUAUCUGCAUAACUUGUUUACAUUUCAAAACUGGUUUUGACAACCAGGUUCUAGAGUAAAAGUGUCUUAAUUUUUUGAGAUUUUUGAGAUGCUCCUUUUUUUUUUUUUUUUUUUGCUGCUAAUUUUUAUACUUAAGGUUCUCCAGGAAAAUAUACAGACAAAAUAGCUUACACUCUGAUGGUGAAAACAAAUUCUAAAAUCCUAACGUUACAUAGAUGAACUGAUACAGGCACAGAGCAGGUUACCCCUGUAGCAUGCUGUAUAGUAAGGCUACUUUUAUGCUGUGCUUGCAGUUUGUUUGCUUGGAUGCAUCCAUAGGCUUCCAAUCCCUGGGAGGCCAAAAGAGUGUCCUCAUGGCCUCCAUUGGGCCAGUAUACUUUUUUGCUGUAUGAAAUAGAGCAGCUGACUGUGCUUUUCCAUACAGAGGCAUCCAGAGAUGUUAUUAAUUGGUUUCCUUUUACUUUUGUGUCUCUCUCCAAGAAUAAAAUGAAAACCACUCAUCUCGUGUACUUGCAAUAUGCCUGUAAUGUGAAGCAGGGUACAUGUUUUAUAUAAAGAAGAUGUAGACUGCCACUCUAGUGUCAGUUCUAUUCUCACUAGAGAUGAGCGAAGUUACAGUGAUUCAAUCGGCAGUUGCUGACUUUAUCCUGCAUAAAUGAGUUCAGCUUUCAGGUGCUCCGGUGGGCUGGAGACUCUUUCCUAGGACUGUAUCCACCUUUUCCAGCCCACCGGAGCACCUGAAAGCUGAACUCAUUUAUGCAGGAUAAGUCAUCAACUGCUGAGCCGAGAAGUUUGUGAGGAAUCGAAUCCCUGUAACUUUGCUCAUCUCUAGUUAUCACCCUUUUUAUUCAGUGUUAAAAAAAAAAGCAUAAUUUCUUCUGUUACAUUCAGUUGUUUGCUGGGAUGUUAUUGUUAGAAUGCUGAAUCCAGAUACAAUUAUAAACUUUUGCAGAUGCCUGCUAACCAUCCUAUAACUGGGGGCUUCAUCACUAAUACUUCUACAGUGGCUGACUUAGCACUUUCUUAUAUACAGUACACACAUUCUCAAUUCUGGGCAGAAAUCAACUGGAAGGAGUCAGAAGGCAACAUGUAACACAAAACUACGCCCAGAGGCUACGUGGUGUGUUACAGAGCUUUCACCCUGUUCUAAUGCAGCCUAUUGUAGAAGGAUUUGCUCUUACAACAGAACUUCAUUAAAAGGGGUACUCCGCCCCUAGACAUCUUAUCCCCUAUCCAAACGAUAGGGGAUAAGAUGUCAGAUCGCCGUCACGCCCCCUCCCAUAGACUUGCAUUGAGGGGGCGGGGUGUGACGCCACAUGGGGCUGAGUCGUGACGUCACGAGCUUCCAUCCCCGUGGUCGAGAGGAAUUAGCCUGAUAGCCUGAAGCGCUUCCGGAAGCAGUUACAGGUGGGUGCUGCUUGCUACAUUGCGAGGGUCCCCAGCGGCGGGACGCCAGCGAUCUGACAUCUUAUCCCCUAUCCUUUGGAUAGGGGAUAAGAUGUCUAGGGGCGGAGUACCCCUUUAAAUGUGUAAGUUCUGAUAACUGUCUUGUAUUACUAUAUUGAGUGAACAUUCCCUAUCUGAGGUUUACAUCUGUCUUCAUCUCGGUCCUAUAAAAUUGGGGAGCAUACACAAGAACAAUGGGUGCUCUUUGUUCCUAUUCCGUUGAACACUCCACUAAAAGCGCCAUGUAUAUUUCCGUUCACGGGAUCCUUGAUUUGUAAUGUCCAGAUUCAAUGAUAAAACUCUGGUAUUUUGUCAAUUUAUGUGUAGUUUCUCUUAAAUUAUUGAUGUUUGGUGAGAAUAAUUGUGCAGAACAAAGCUAAACAAGGAAAUAAAGAGUGUACAAACUA